AUGCUAGAUGCACAUAAUAAAUAUCGUGCAAGUCACUGUGCAAAUCCUCUUCAACUUGAUGAUACUCUUAGCAGAUCGGCUCAAAACUAUGCUCACACACUUGCGUAUACCAAUUCAUUUCAACAUAGCGGAAUACGAGGUGUUGGUGAAAAUUUGUACAUGGGUGCAACUGCAGUAAAAAGCUGGUAUGAUGAAGUAAGUCAAUACAACUUCAAUUGGGGAGGAUUUUCUAUGGCUACUGGUCACUUCACACAAGUCGUUUGGAGAGGUUCACAAAAACUUGGUGUUGGUGUUGCUCGUAGUAGUACGGGUGCUGUGUAUGUUGUUGCUCAGUAUACACCACCGGGAAAUUAUCAAGGUCAAUUUCAAGCAAAUGUUCGUCCAAAGAAUAGUUGCUAG